UAUUCUAAAAUAGUGUUUUCUGUGCGUGCUCAUAUCAACAUUAGACGUGAUAAUUUACAAAUCGGCGGGUUGAUUUCGCGAGGGCCCGAAAUGGAUCAACCUUCAACAUCAACAUCCAAAAAGCGCUUAAGAAAGAAGUCAAAAGUACAAAAUGAAAAUUCCGACUCCGAUUUGGAAGAUUUAAAAAAAGUUAAGAAACGAAAGGGUCCUAAAAUAAAAGAAAAAGAUGAUUUUGAAGCGAUUAAAUCGAGUAAAACCUCGAAGGUUACCAAAAGAAAGUUGGAGGAGAUGUUACUCGUUGAUGAAGGUGAUGCUAAAAAGAUAAACGAGGAGAAUGAUGAUGUUCAGGUUGUUGAGGAGGAGAAAAUUGAUGAUUGUUUGAUUAAAACUCGUUGGAGAAGUGAUGUUUUUACCAAAAAUGACUUAAUUAGCAUCGUUUUUGAUGAAAUCGCUUUGGAGGGAUUGGAUGGGAUUACUUUGGAAGCUUUAUGGUUGAGGUUAUCGAUUGUUAUGGGUAUAAUCGUCCCGGAAAAUUCCCGCAAAUUAAUUUGGGACCAAAUAAAGCGAAGUAAUCAAUUAGAAUUCUACGAACUCCCUGAAGAGAGAGGGAAAUUAAUCAUUUUCAAUCGAUUCCAAUACGUUGAUGUAGUCUCUGGGCAUUUAUGCGAUGUUGAAAACGUCCCAGAAGAUAUUUACCCUUUUAGCCCACUCUCGGAUGAUGUCUCAGCCCAAUUAGACAUUUAUGGGAGUUGCGCCACUUUCAAUUCAAGAAUUUUAGUCUCAGAAAAAAUUAAGAAAUUAAUUUUAAAAGAAGCUGAGAGUUUGGGGAAUAAAUUGGUUAUUGUGGCGGACCAAAAUUUAAGGAACGAAGCUUUGGGAUUAAACGAAACUAAAUCAAUAACGAAAUUAUUUAACCAACAAUACUCUUUGUUAGAAAGAAUUGGGAGAUCUCGAAAAUUGGGUGAAUCCUCAACCGGAAACACCUCUCUCCACCAAUUCGGGGAUAGCAAAAUAAUGUAUUAUUUAAGAAAAGUUUUAUUAAAAAACAACUUAAUUACGAAACAACAAUUGUGUUACCAAAAAACGAACAAAUUAACUUCGCACACAAUCGGGUUAUUAUUCCAUUUAACCCGGUUUUAUUUCCAUUUUAAAACGAAAAAGUUAUUAUUCAUAGAGCAAAUUGUUGAAAUGUUAAAAAAGAAGCCUAAUUUGAUGAUGGAAUACGUUGAGUUAAGGGCGAUUUACGGCGAUAUCUGGCAAAACGCCAUCAGCAAAAUGCUUAAAGCCAGCGAUGUUAGAACGUUUAUUAACACGAAUUUAAAUAUUAAUUAUCGCGAGAUUUAUCCGAACGCAACGAAAAAAGAGUGGAUGGGGAAACACCAAGAAAAAAAAUUAAAGGUGAUUCAAUUAAGUGAUCCCCACGUUAACGUUUCAAAUGUUUUAAAAGAAAUUGGGAAAGAUGAUGCGCAAAAAGAUGAAUCUUCUGAUGAGGAGCCUUUAUGUGAAGGUUUUUAUAACAAAUCGUGUUACCACCAAAUUUAUGACGUGAUUUAUGAAAGUGGUGAGGAGGGAUUAACGCAAAAUCAAAUUUCUAUUAAACUUGGGUUGGAUACUUACGUUUCUAGGCUGAUUUUGAAGGCGAUGGAAAAGGAAAAUAUGGUAUAUGGUAAGAAUGCGGAGUUGGGAUUUCAUCGGGUUUUAAGAUAUUAUAGUUACCGCAAAAAACCAACAAACCCCGAAAAAUCCGUUACCAAAACCACACAAAGCGAAGAAACCUUAAACUUUUUAUCCGAAAUUCUCGAAGUUGACAAAAUUUUUUUAAGAAAUAACCAAGAAAAUGAAUUUGUUGGAGAUAAUACGCAAGAAAAUUUAACAAAAUUAAGCGGGGAGUACGAAUUUAUAAAAAAACAUCGCAAACAAUUACGCGAGAAUAAAUACAACGUUCGAUUCCGGGAAGAUUUUUAUCAAAUCAAUUCCUUGGAAGAUGAAAAGGUAAAGAUGGAGAGGAUUUUAAAGAAUGAGCACGGUCAUUUCGAUAUGAAAACGUCGAUUCAAAACGGAAUCAUCAAGAAAAUUGAGGCGAAUUUAAAUUUAGAGACGAGGGAAAAGAGUUUUAAUGAGGAGAGCUUUAACAGUUUCCAAGAUGUUUAUAGAGUCGAUAAAAAUGAGGUUUUAAUCGAUUAUAAUUUGGUGGAAAAGAAAAUUAAAGAUAACCGUAUCAAAAAGAGGCAAAUAUUUUUGGAGGGUCACAAAAAUAAAGCUUCAAUUAAAAUUUUAAUUAAUUAUUUGUCGAUUUUCGAUGUCGAUUUUAGGGAUUUUAUUAAAAAAGUUGAUGAAUUCGUUCUUGAUAAAGACGUUUAUGAAAAAUUUGGGGAUGAAAAAAUCAACGAAAUCGAUGUUGAUGAUGUAUCUUUGAUUGAAAACUUUGAAAAUGAGGAAUUUUGUGGGAAAAGGUAUGAGGAGGUGAAAGAUUUUAAAGAUCAGUUAAUAAAUGAGUUUGAAAAUGAGAAUUUGAAAUUUUUAAAAAAUGAGGAUUUUGCCAAAAAUGUUGAGGAAAAUAAGAGGGGGGAAGAAAAUGUUGAAAUAAUUGAUAAAAAUUGUUUAAAUGAGGUUGAAUUAAAAGAUGUUUUUGUUGAAAAUGAUACGAAAAGCUUAAAGGAGUUUAACCGGGGCGAUUUUAAUGAGCUCAAUAAGAACUUUCAGGUAGAAAAGUUUUAUGGGGAGACGAUUUUGGUGAAUUACUCGAUUGAUAAGAAGAACCAAAUCGAAAUAAUCAAAAUAUUUUCUAAAAUGAGUCAAAAAAUCCCCACUGGCGAUAAAUAUUUCAAUAAAACGUUUUCGCAGCGAGCUUUACAAAGGAUUAAUUACAUUUUAGAGGCCGUCAAUAAAAAAAAAAUAAUCACAGACGAUUCCAUACUAAAAAACGACAUCAAAAAGAUUGAAUUAGAAAAGGGCUUAGUCGGAACAAUUGACGUCAAAACAUUUAAUAGACUAUUAGAGAAACUAAUUGAAGAGGGCUUUAUUCGCGCUUCAAAAUUAAUUUUGAGAAAGAACGACUCGAUUAAAUCGAAAAAAAUAAUUUGGUUACCCCGAGUUCAGUACGAAAUGAUUUUAGACUCGGUUUGCGACCAAAUGAAAAUGCCAUUUUUGAAUUACAAUACUCACAAAAAAGGGGAAAUCACCCAAAAAGGGAUUAAAUCGAAUGUAUGCAACGAAAAUGAAAUCGUUGGUAACCCAAAAUACAAAAAGAAUAAUAAUGUGGGGAAAUAUUACGGGUUUUUACCCAAAAAUUGCCGAUUAAAACUAUUUCAUGAAUUCAUUUUUUAUUUAACUUAUUUAUAUAGAGGUGAAAAAAUCCCCGAAAAAGAUUUACCAAAAUUCAUCGUUGAAAACAACCUAGAAAAUUGCGAUUUAUAUCAAAGCGAGAUUUCUUGGAAAAUGUUUAUCCCACCCCCACCUAAAUACCACGACCGCAAAAACGGUUGGAUGUUAUUUAUGGAUGUUCUAUUUCGACUCCCAUUAAACAUUUUCACGAAACUCUUCAACAUCGUUUAUGUAAUCCCCGAAUUACUCCAACUCCUAAAUCAUCCCAUCAAACGUUACCUCCUCAUCUCCCAAAUUCCCGUUAAAUUAAGAAACGCGUGUUUUCACCGCCGCAAACACAUCUUUAGCCUUUACGAAUCCCUUCAGUUACUUUGCUACCAAGGAUUAUUGCAAUUCGGGGAACAACGCACCCGAAAUAAAGAGCACCAAUACAUCUAUUUAAAUAAAAAUGCCAUCAUUUUUGAUACGACGUCUUCAAACCCUGGGUAUCACCAAGUCACGCAAAAAGAGUACCCGAAAAUAACGUUUUAUUUAGAGACUGAGGAGGACGUCGAAAAUUAUUGGAACAAAGUUUGGAAUAUUUGUUUAAGAACACGAUUAGGAAAUAGAUAUAGUUUGUUGCAUCAAACGAUCACCUUGCACCGAAUUCACAGCAUUCCCGAGAUGAUUCAAGCAUGUAGGCUUAAAACUAUCGAGGAGGUGGAGCGAGAUGAUGUUGGAUAUAUCCCGGGUGACGGAAGAGGUGCUUGCGGAUUUGAUUCAAACUCUUGGAUGUUUGUUAAAAAAAACUGGGUGGGAUCGACGGUUUUAAAAGAAACCCGUUUCGAUUUACCACCAACCAAACCUAUAGGUGUCCGGAAAAAACAGCUCGAUAAGGCCUCAAUUAAGCUGAAAACGAUCAAUAAAUUAAAGCAGCUACAAGUAAAUAAAUCGAAAAUAAAUUUAAAAACGAGUAACAACAAGAAUUGCGGGGGAAAAAUUAAAAAUAAAAUUUCCAAGAAGAACAUGAUCAUAAGAAAGAUUAAACCGCGCCCGCCAGUUAAAAAAAUCAAAAGAAUCGACGAUUUAGAUUCUUCGAUUAAGAGUUCUGGGUUGUUUACGCGAUCGAGGUUUACGGAGCACGAAGAUAACACGCUGGUUAUUAUUAGUUACGCGAUUAAUUACUUAUUCCCCGGGUUUAAGAAGAGAUUUAUCGCUUUUACCGUGAUUAGGGAUUUAAUGCAUCGAUUGUGCCCCAAAAACUACAAAAAAACAUCAACCGCUUAUAACUGUCGGUUAAGAAAAUUUUAUAAAUUUAACGCCUCCGAAAAUGAUUCCAACAUCGUGAACUUAGAAGCGGACCAUUUCGUUCGAAAAUACUUUUCUAAAUUAAAAGAGAAAAUAAUGAAAUCGAAAUCAGAAAUGAUUCCUCAAGAACAUUUACACAUCGCUUUAAUCUAUUUGGUGGCUUAUUGCGUCGAUUCGUUUGAGAAAAAAAACAUUGAGAGUAAAAAGAUUUUGGAUGAUAUAGGUUAUGUUGAUUACUUGGAGGAUUUCGAUUUGAAUAGGACUGUUUUUUUUGAGCCCAAAUUGGGGCAAUCCGCUUUGUACGAUGAAGUUAAUAAUAAAGAUGAUGUUCUUAUUGAUACGGUUAAAUCGGUGAUACACGCUUCAAUAGGAAUUAAAGUGGAUAAUACAAUAAAAAUAAUUCGCGACGAUUUAGAUAAGGUUUAUCAAAAUUAUUCGGAAGAAAUUCUAAGGAAGGCUGUUUCAAGCUUGCGCGAACACAACUUAAUCAAAACAUCAAUUUCAUUUUCGAGAAAAACCAAAUUAUUUAACACAGAAACUAUCCUGCAAAGUUCUUAUUUAUACUCAUACAAACAAGUCACGAAAUUUAACGAAAAAAUCUAUUUAGAAGCGUACUCAGUGUUGGAUUCGUUGAUUAAAUCGGCAAACAAUCGAAAAUUCGACUUAAAUUCGUACCAAGAAGGAUUCGGUAUCGGAUUUAGCGAACUCCAAACGCUAACAACCACCAAAGUCAACAUAAAAAUCGACGACAAACAGUUCAUUUUAGACCCGGGGAUAACAAACCACGAUUACUUAAUCAAAGAGUUAUAUUCACGCUACAAAAGAUUAAUUUCAAAAAAACACGUCGAAAACGAUCUUAAUAAAACCGACGAAACCAAUUUAUCUUUAUUAAAAGAAGACGAUAACACGCUAAUUAAUUUAGACCAACUCUCCAAGUCGAUUAAAAACGACGAUUUUGACAAGGUAAAUGAGAAAAUGUCAGAUUUAACCUUCUUAUUGACAAAGGGGUUAUUUCCCGAACUCGAAGAUGAGGACGAUCGCUUAGAACGGCUUAGUAAACACUUUUUAACGAUGAAUCCCCAAAUUUCAUUCGAUUUUUGUUUCAAAAAUCGCGAAAAAAUCGAUUCUAUCCAACAUAACCUCAAUCAACUUGUCAAAAUCGAAAAAAUCGCCCAAAAAGAAUGCGUUUUAACUCAAUUUGAUCAAAAUGAAUUUGAAAAUUAUAAGAUUAUAAAUUUUAUUGAGUCGAAAGAAUGUUUAGGAGUAACUGGGGAGGAAUUAAAAGCGAAUUUCGGCGAAAAUGUAUCAAAAAUUAUUGAUCGAUUAAUGAAUUUAGGAGUUAUUCAUAGAUUUGGUGUUAAAUCGUUUCGAUUCGUUCAUGAUAAAUAUAAAAAUGAUUGGACGAUUGAUCUGCAAGGGGAUAACCCACAAAAAAAUAAAUUGAAAUUAUUUCCUUGGUUAAAACUGAAUGGGGCUCUAAACACCCAAGUUUUAAUCGACUGGUUAUUAGCGAUUUGUUCGUUUUGCAUCUCAAACCCCGUCGUUACUUUUCCAUCGUUAUGUAAGCGAUUUAAUUUCUUAAAACCCGUUGAUAUCUACGUUUUGUUGGAGUAUUUAGAGAUUUUUGAUUGUUUGGAAAUAAAGUGUUACGAAAAUGUUAAAAAGGUUGUUACGUUGGAUUCGAAUCCUUAUGAAGUUAAUUCAGUGAGGGCGAAUUGUUUGGAUCAUUUUGAUGAUGUUUACAUCGAAAUGAACGUUUUGGCCGUCACAAAACUAGGCGCUUUUACUUCGAAUCAAGAUUUAAAAGAACCUUUUGAGACUUAUUAAUAAGAUAUAGUAAUAAGUUAUUUAAAUUUUUUUAA